AUGUUUUCAUUAAUCUUUGAAAAGUCUCUGCAAUGUCGACCUCACGAUUUAUGCGGGUCCCAACCGCUCAUAGAGCCUUUUCGCAGUCAUAAUGCACGCUACCUUUCUAUCCCCGAUAAAAGUCACCCCAAUGGCUCGCGCGAUGAAGCCGUUGCAACGAAGCUACUGUAUCCAACCAAGCCCUCAACUGGAAGCAAGGUACAGUUGAAGGGGAUGAGUCACCUCAUCGCAAAACUAGAGAUUACUUCGCAAGUUCUCGUCGCUCAAGGAGAGGAACCAGCUGAAGAAAACAAGCGGAAGCAUCAAGCCUUAAAGACGAAACCAACACCAAAACUAAAUCGACGCAGAAAGAGUAACCAAUUGUCCUCCAACGAUAGGUCUGAUAAGCAUGAUAUGGGUGAACACUUCAAGGUUCUAUCGCCAGAAGAUGUCAGCUCCUUCUCAUUCAUUCUCGAACCAAACACGAGCAAACGGUUUUGUCGAGAGAAGAUCGAAUUAUGGUUGCCGAAAAACCCACACGAAAUAACGACGGACUUCUCUCGUCCAGGAAUGGUACUUCUUAGACCACAGGCUUUGAUACAUGCUACUUCUAAGACGGCUAAGAAGAGUUCUCCAUCUAAGAAAGUUUCAACUACCCAAAAGUCUGGUUUGGGUACUUUCGUGGAACCACGCAUUUCAACAAAUCUACCCAUUGGUAAAAUUACACGGUCUGGUGGUCAGGGAAAGGAAACACAAGAGUGUUUGAGUUUGAACGAGGUCAAUCCAAUCCAAAAAUUCAAACCCUACACCUCAAAGCUCACCCCCGCAACCUAUCUGAGAGUCUUAGGGAACUUCUUAUAA